UAACAUGGUAAACUCCUCCAGUCAUAGACUUUCUAAUAUGAAACAAAGUUGCAGACCCUUACAAGAAAUCAAGAACAGGAAAAAGAGGCCACAAUAAUGUCAAGCCAUAUUGAUCAAGAAGAAGUCUUGACAGAAAUCCUCAAAAGAUUACCUGCAAACCUGCUAAUGAAACUCAGGUGUGUAUGCAAAUCAUGGUACUCUUUAAUCUCCAGUCCAACUUUCAUUUCUACACACACUAAAUACACCCUUGAGAAAAAGAAUAAAACUUCUAAACUGCUCCUUAGACACUAUUCUUGGACAGAAAAGAAAGAGAUAUACACAAUACAUAGCAGCAGCUCGUUUUGUAAUCAACAGUUCAGUCACCAACUUGUUUUCCCAUUCAAAAGUUACUCUCAAUAUUUUGAUAUCAUUGGCUCUUGUAAUGGCUUGAUUUGCCUUUCUGAUACUUACCGUAUCAAUACCCACACCAUAAUUUUAUGGAAUCCAUCUAUUGGAAAAUCAAUAACCCUACCCUUGCCUUGUAUAUCUUUUGAUCUGAUUUAUAUGUUUGUUCUUGGAUUUGGGUUCGAUGAAAAAAGAAAUAAAUACAAAGUUGUAAGAAUUGUGUAUUAUAUAAAGGAUAACGGGAGUAAAAUUGAUAUUACACCUCAAGUUGAAGUGUAUGAACUAGGCAUGGUUGCUUGGAGAAGCAUUAGAGUUAAAGCUGCUCCAAAAUAUGUAAUAUCAGAACUAUCAUUGCAGAUUUUUUUGAAGGAUUUUGUUCACUGGAUUGGGUAUAAUCCAAAUGAAGCAGAUAGCAAUUUUCGCGAUUUGAGUAUAGUUUUGUUUGAUAUGAGCAAUGAAGUGUUUGAAGAAUUGAAGUUGCCAGAUAGUGUAUCUGGGUUGUCUGUGCUUGACUUGUCGAUUUUCGCUUCGAGUAAUGAGUUGCUCUCUUUAGUUCAAUACGAUCGCCACAGGCAUAGCCAGUGGAUACAAUAUGGAAGCUGCUCCAUUUGGGUUAUGAAAGAGUAUGGGAAGGUUGAGUCUUGGACUAAGCAAAUUACUAUUGAUUUGCAAGGAGGAGUGGGUAAGGCAUUAGGCCUAAUUGGGAAUGAUGUUGAAAUGCUAUUAGUUGCAUGCAGCAAUGGGGAAUUGGGUUCAUAUGACAUUCAAAAUCAGAAAAUUAGUUAUCUUGAGAUCAAAGGCAUUGUGAACUCCUUCUAUUUGGAUACUUACAUUGAGACUCUGAUUUUGCUUGAUGGUGAUAAUGGGAUCUAGGGGAAAAAAAAAACUUUUGUUCAACGAUUGUAUUCCCAUGCCAAUUUUACUUGAAAGGUCAUAGAUUUUAGUCUAUAGAUGAGAUCAUGGACGCUGUCUAGAUAAGCUUUUUCCUGAUAUACAAGAAAAGUAAGUAUGGUAGAUGAUCCUAGAAGGACUAAACAAAACAACGUGGAAAAAGAGCAACAUUGUCUUCUUCUUCCUUGUUUUUCUUUUUUUAUUUUAGUGUGAGAGCUUUGCUUCUGUAAUCAUCACUUCAGGUUAAUUAAAUUCUUGAUGUUUUUCUGUA